AUGAUUGAACUGAAUGGUUUCUGUGGUGAAUCUUCAUGGAAGGAUUUUCAAUCAUUUUAUAAUAAAACAUCUGUUCCUUUGCCAACUGAAUGUUUCUCUCAUACAGCUCUAAUUGCUAUUCCAUGUCUCUUUUUUUGGUUACAAGUUCCUAAACUCAUAAUCCAAAUAAAGAAUUCUACGAGAUCAUCUCUGCCAUUCACGACAUUACAGGGAUUGAAAUGGCUGUUUUCAAGUAUAAUUCUUGUAGCCAUGAGCUUUCUGUUCGUCGUCUCUCUUUGGGAUCGUUUUCUUCUCGGUAAAACAGUACCGUUGGUUGAAUUCAUAUAUCCAUGUGUGAUGGUCCUAACAAUGAUUUCAAUGAUGAUAAGUAUGAACGAAGUACGGAAAGCUGGGAUACAUUCAUCGGGCACUCUCUUCCUAUCAUGGCUGGCAUUUGUUAUUUGUGGAACUCCAGAACUUGUUGUUUGGAUAACUAUGGCACCUAAUCCUGAUAUUGUUUCAAAUCGCAGCUCUUCCCGUUUUGUGGCUUUUCUUGUUUACUAUGCGAUGUUGAUUGUUCAACUAUUCUUUCAUCUAUUUUCUGAUCCGUUGACUAUCUUUGGUAAAGAUGAGAAUAAUUGUCCUGAAGCAACAGCAUCUUUCCUCAAUAGAACGUUUCUCUGGUGGAUGAAUCCUAUCAUUUCGAAAGGAAGAGAAAAACCUUUAGAGGUUGAAGAUUUGUUUGAAUUAGACGAUGAGAUGCAGCCUGAAAGUUUAACCAAAAAAUGGAAAGUACAUUGGGGAAAUGCCUUGAAAGAUUACGAAUGCCGAAAAACGGCAUUCAAUCUAUCUCGAGGAGAAAUGUCAGAUAGAGGUUCCUUGUUAGGUUCGAAAGGUGCCGCAAAAAGCUAUGGGGCGAACGAUGACAAAGUGAGGAAGCCUGAUAUUGUUGAAGAAGAAGUUCCUCUGCCUUCUAUCAUUUGGUCAUUAUGGCCGAUGUUCAAAUGGCAGCUAAUUGGAAGUUCAUUGCUUAGAUUCUUUGCAGAUCUUAUGAAUUUAGCAAAUCCCUUUUUCUUAAGCUUGUUGAUUGCGUUCACUGAAGACGAGUUAGCUCCUUGGUACUUGGGUGUCUUUUACGCCAUACUGUUGUUUAUUUGUGCUGAACUUCGCUCAUUAUUCGUUAAUUCUUUUAACUAUCGUAACGGAAGAAUUGGAAAUCAAGUUCAAGCCGUACUCACUACUGCCGUGUAUGAGAAGACAUUACUCCUUUCAAAUGCUUCUCGUCGUAUGAAAACUCAUGGAGAAAUUGUGAACUUGAUGGCUAUUGAUGUUGAUAGGUUCAGAAUGAUCACGCCACAGCUGCAACUGUAUUGGACCGGUCCCACACAGGUUCUAAUAUUGAUGGUGUUGUUAUAUCGAACGAUUGGAUAUUCUGUGUUUGCAGGGCUAUUUGUUAUGAUUAUGAUUAUACCUGUCAAUUAUAAGUUUUCCACGGUAAGUAAACUAUGGACAGUUCAACAAAUGAAAUUGAAAGAUGAUCGCAUCAGACUUACAAAUGAAGUUCUUAAUGGAAUCAAGGUUGUGAAACUGUAUGCUUGGGAGCCAGCAUUAGAGAAGGCAAUCGAUGAAGUUCGUAUAAAAGAAAUGGAUCUAAUCAGAAAAGCUUCUAUUGUUAAAACAGUCGCUGACAUGAUGAAUAUUGCUGCACCAUUCUUUGUUUCACUGGCUUCAUUCUCUGUGUUCACUCUGAGUGAUAGUACCCACAUUCUAACGCCUCAAGUUGCUUUUGUUUCAAUUACGUUAUUCAAUCAACUCAGAGGACCGCUGCUUAUGACUGCUGAUUUGGUCCAACAAACUAUUCAAUGCAUAGUCUCCAACAAGAGGCUCAAAGAUUUCUUGGCUGCUCCGGAAAUCAAACCUGAGGAUAUAGAUCAUCAGUUAAGAGGAAAAGGGUCCGAUAAAGCAAUUGAAAUAGAUGAAGCUGCUUUCAUGUGGGAUGAAAACGCUCCAUCUUCUUUCCAAAACAUAAAUUUGGAUGUAGAGACAGGACAGUUGAUUGCUAUUAUUGGUACUGUUGCUUCGGGAAAAAGUUCACUGUUAUCAGCUCUGCUGGGAGAAAUGGAGAAAGUUCGCGGUUAUGUUGGUGUUCGAGGAAUGGCGGCUUACGUUCCACAACAGCCAUGGAUUCAGAACAGAUCACUGAGAGAAAAUAUUACUAUGGGCCUUCCUUAUAACAAAGCAGUCUAUGAGAACAUCAUUGAGGCUUGUUCCUUGACAUCUGACAUUGCCAACUUACCUAAUGGUGAUUACACGGAAAUAGGAGAGAAGGGAAUUAAUCUAUCCGGAGGACAGAAAGCUCGCGUAGCUUUAGCUAGAGCAAUUUAUCAGGAUAGGGAUGUUUACUUAUUAGAUGAUCCAUUAUCAGCCGUUGAUGCUCAUGUUGCUCGACACAUUUUCCAUCAUGUAAUUGGUCCGAAUGGAUUAUUAUGUAAGAAGACAAGACUUCUUGUAACGCAUGGUUUGUCAUUCCUCAAAGAAUGUGAUCAGAUAGCUGUAAUGAGAGGAGGAACGAUUUCACAUAUUGAUACAUACAAUAAUCUCUUGGAUGAUGAAAAUAUCUCUGAAAUAUUCGAAGAAGCUGGUGUUAAAGACACGGAUGAUAAAACACCAUCAGAAUCUUCUGAAAGCACUGAACUUGCUGUUUCCGAUAAUGAGGAAGAUGCUGAUAAAAACGCUGACCGAGAAUCACAAGCUAGUCGAAUCAAUCGGAAAUCCUCUCCAAAAAAUAUGAAGGACUCUUUACUCAGGGAACCUAAUGAGGAAGAUAAGCUUAUCAAGAAAGAGUUUGCUGAAACUGGAAGAGUCAAGUUGUCCAUUUAUAACGAUUACAUCCAGUCCAUGGGAGUUUUUCUUUACUUCAUUCCAUUCGUGGUAACGAGUGCUCUCAGCGCUGUAUUCGCAAUGUCUAGAUCCUUAUGGCUGACUGAUUGGUCGAACGAUAAUAUUGAAGAUGGAGAACACAUGUCAGUGCUCUAUCGUCUCCUAGGAUUCAUGGGGUUGGGAUCAACUGAUGUACUCUGUUUCACCCUUGGCUUGGUUUUUUUUGUCAUCGGAGGAGUGAGGGCUUCUUACAACCUUCACAAACCUUUAUUGCAUAACAUUCUGAGAAGUCCUGCUAGCUUCUUCGAUGUGACUCCAGUAGGGAGAAUAUUGAAUCGCUUAAGUAAAGAUAUUGACGUGAUCGAUUCGACAUUACCACUAAACUUCCGCUUCCUCUUCACUACAUUCCUUGUCAUUGCGCAGGCAUGUAUCAUCGUAUCUCUAUCUACACCGCUCUUUAUAGCCUUCAUUAUUCCAAUUUUCAUUGUUUAUUUGAUGUUUUUGAAAUAUUUCAUUAGUUCCUCAAGACAACUCCGAAGAUUAGCUUCCCUCAGCAGACCUCCUAUAUAUUCACAUUUUGGCGAAACCAUUCAGGGAGUCUCUACUAUUCGGGCAUUUGGCUGGUCCGAUAUGUUCAUUAAGCAAAACAGGGAUAAGCUUUAUACUUUCACAAAAUGCUCAUAUUUCUCAAUGAUAUCUUCUAGUUGGUUAGGAGUUCGAUUAGAAGUUCUCGGAAAUUUUUUAAUUUUCGUGACGGCACUCUUAUCCGUGUUAGCCAAAUACGAUGGCUCAAUGAAUGCUGGUUUUAUCGGAUUAUCAGUUAGUUCUAUAUUAAGUAUUACGUUCAUGAUGGGUCUAUUCAUUCUCAAGCUUUCUGAUUUAGAAACAAACAUCGUUUCAGUUGAGAGAGUGCGUGAGUACACAGAACUAACUCCAGAGGCUAAAUGGCAAAGCGAACGAUUACUUCCUAGAGGAUGGCCAGCGAAGGGAAGAAUUGUUUUCAACGAUUAUUCCACAAGAUAUAGACCAGGUCUUGAUUUAGUUCUUAGGGAUAUAAAUCUGAAUAUCAUUCCCGGAGAAAAGGUUGGUGUGGUUGGAAGGACUGGAGCUGGAAAGUCAUCAUUAGCAUUGGCUCUGUUCAGAAUAAUUGAACCGUCUGGAGGACAAAUUUUUAUUGACGAUAUCGAUAUUGCAACAAUCGGAUUACAUGAUCUUCGUGUUAACUUGACGAUCAUCCCUCAGGAUCCUGUGUUGUUUUCCGGAACUUUGAGAUUCAACUUAGAUCCGGUUGGAUACUAUGACGAUCCUGAUUUAUGGGCUGCUCUAGAACAUUCCAACUUGAAAGCUUUUGUAGAAAGUUUGUCUCUAGGCUUGGAUCACCGAAUUGACGAAAGUGGAGACAAUUUGAGUGUUGGUCAACGUCAACUUGUUUGCCUGACUAGAGCUUUGCUUCGUAAAUCACGAGUUCUGGUAUUAGAUGAAGCUACCGCUGCCGUCGAUGUUCAUACAGAUGCUCUAAUUCAACAAACCAUCAGAAAGGAGUUUGUGCGUUCGACAGUUAUAACAAUAGCUCAUCGGUUGAACACUAUAAUGGAUUAUGACAAAGUACUUGUGUUGGACCAGGGUAGAACAGCCGAGUACGAUUCUCCUCAGAAUCUUUUGGCCAACAAAAAAUCUAUUUUCUAUUCAAUGGCUCAAAGCGCCAAAAUAGUAUAA